UAAUUACCUUCCUACCCUGCCUCCUUCCCCUUUCGAUCCCAAAGCAAGCUCUCUCUUCCUUCCUCCAUUCUCCGCCGUCUCUUCGCCAAUAGGAGAUUCGAGACUUCUUCACUCCAGCUCUAAAUCCCUCUUGGAACCAGAUUACGAUUUCCUGUUAGAUUGCAGGCUUUCCGCUUUAUUUCCGUUGUGCAAUAUCCCAGUGAUUUUUUUUAGCUGGUUUUGGGCGGGCCAUUAGAUUGAGUGGACUGUGGAGGAGGUAGAUAUGUAUAGGGACACGAGAUACAGCGGGUCGAAACUAGAGAUUGGAACCGCAGAGUGGAAGCGGAUCAGCGAGGCCUUCGACAAGCAUUUGGAGAAGUCGCCGCCGACGGUUUCGAGGGGUAUGAACUCAAAGGACAAGGAUAGGUUGUCUGUACCCUCAACUUCUGCUGGGAAGAAGCCGGAGCACCGGUCCUUGUCCAAGACCAAUGAAUCAGAAACAGAUAGUGAAGAAUCAGAUGUUAGUGGAUCUGACAUGGAAGACACAUCUUGGAUUUCAUGGUUCUGUAACCUCAGAGGUAAUGAGUUCUUCUGUGAGGUUGACGAUGAAUAUAUACAAGAUGAUUUCAAUCUAUGCGGCUUGAGCCAUCAAGUUCCAUAUUAUGACUAUGCUCUUGAUUUGAUUUUGGACGUCGAGUCAUCUCAUGGAGACACAUUCACAGAAGAACAAAAUGAGUUGGUCGAAUCAGCAGCAGAGAUGCUGUAUGGUCUGAUUCAUGUUCGCUAUAUAUUAACCAGUAGAGGGAUGUCUUCCAUGCUUGAAAAGUUCAAAAACUAUGAUUUUGGAAGAUGCCCUCGAGUAUACUGUUCUGGUCAGCCUUGUCUUCCUGUUGCACAAUCAGACAUUCCUCGAUCUAGCACUGUGAAAGUAUAUUGUCCCAAAUGCGAAGAUAUAUACUAUCCAAGAUCGAAAUAUCAUGGCAAUAUUGAUGGAGCUUACUUUGGCACCACAUUUCCUCACCUCUUUCUGAUGACAUAUGGGCACCUGAAACCACAAAAGCCAUCACAACGAUAUGUUCCUAGGGUAUUUGGAUACAAGAUUCACAGACCAUGAUGUUUAAGGUACCUCGCAGGGAGAAUUAGUCUGGAAGGGCUUAAUAUUCAGUGUUGAUUUGCGUAGAUAAGGCGAGGAACUAUCUACAUUCAGAUGGUUGAUUCUUCACGUUUAUUGGAAUCUUGUAACUACAAAACGAGUGUAACUUUAUGUUUAGCCAUUCAUUUCCCAACUUCAGUGUUCCAGGUUGGCCGCUGACAUAUGUCUUGAUCACUUUGUUAUUUGAAACUGAUUCCAUUCUAGUUUAAAUAUGCAUUGUUUUCGGGAAUGA